AGUGUGCCUGAUUUUGCUUUCCGUGUGCGCUCGUCUCCCCGCGGACAACCGAUUAAUUGAAAAGUGGGGUCUCGUGCAUUACCAGUGAUUGUCAUGCAUUUCAGAUUUAAAACAUUCCUAACCACAUUGUGCUUCAUCGGUUUCGUCCCUGCUACAAUAUUGUUCUGUGUUUUCCACGCGCACCGCACAAGCAGGACAGUGGACCAAAAGGCGGUUAAAUUAGGUUUGCCCAGCAUCGUCAGUGGAACCAGGCAACAGACUUUUCGCAAAAAAGCUGUCAACAACGCGCAUGCAUUAUCAUCAAACCUUUCUGUUGCAAGAACGAAUGUAGCCGAUCAUCAUGCGAAUGAAGGAGUAGUCGAGUGCUUUGCAGAAGGUAGUAUCUCCGGACGAAAGAACUUGACAUGCUUCUGCAAGCAGGGCUGGAAUGGGCUAGACUGCUCCAUUCCUGACGCCGUUUGGUUUACCGAAGCGUUCAAAAUCUGGUAUUCCAAGGGUCUUAUUCGACGCCGUUCGAGGCCACGCACAAUAAUCAAUGGACUGGUAUUCAACCACGAGCUUGACCUUCUGGAAAUACGAGUAAAAGAGCUGGGCGAUGCUGUUGACUAUUAUCUCGUUGUCGAAUCCACCUACACUUACUCCGGCUCAGAAAAACCACUGUACCUCCGCUCAAACCUGAGUGCCGGAUUUCUUCGUGCGCAUGCGCACAAGAUUGUCCCGAUAUCUGUGGACUUCUACAACUACGACGGCGGCGAUCCGUGGGGUCCCGAAAACUACUUCCGCACAUCAGUCUGGUACGAAGGUCACCGUCGGCUCAAGAACAUCCGAGAUGACGACCUUUUCAUCAUGUCAGAUGCCGACGAGAUACCUAGCCGAGACGUGGUGCUCUUCCUGAAGCAUCAUGAUGGAUACGGAGAACCGAUGUUAUUGCGCCUGCGAUGGCUUAUGUACGGCUUCUUCUGGGAGAACAGCAUGCCGGUCGAUGUGAGUGGUGUGUGCACUGUAGCUUUCAUGCGGGAAGUCUAUGGAAACGAUUCGCUGCGUCUCCGUUCGAUGAGAACCUUCACGCGCAAUAACAUGUCGAACACAGGGACGUUCAGUGAAAAGUGGAUCAUAGAGGGUACAUGGCCACGAUACUCCGGUUGGCACUGUUCGUGGUGCUUUGACGCUGAGGGCAUACAGGUCAAGCUGGCAGCAGCGCAGAGGGAUGACGGAGUGCGGUGGGGUGACAUCGCCGAGAAAACGGACCUCGGGUACAUCAACUCGCUGAGGAAGAACGGCCGGCUCUUUGACGACAGCCAACCGCUCAGUCACUGCGACUCAAACGACACGGCUCCCGCCUACGUCAAGGAAAAUGCCGAACGAUUUAGAUGGCUGAUGCGGCCAUAGAAUCAUAGUCACCAUAUACAGUAUAAUGUAAAUAGCGUACUCUUCUCAAAUAAAAGAAAACUUAUCGCAGAUAACGCAGAUGCGAGUGGAAAUGUCACAGUGGUUCGACACCCUCGAGGGUAGAGUAGGGCAGCCGGAAAACACGCCGAAAGACGCCCGACCCGCAGGAGCGCGGCCGGUACAGCGCAAGCCGUACAGCAGACCACCUGCGGCUGAGAACAGCUGCAUGGAGAACUCGAGUAACCAACAUGGCACUGCGUAACGCGUACUUGGUUUGGCAGUGGAAUUGUGUGUUUCGCCGUAAGAGGGGCAACCAGCAGCAAUUCGUAAAAACCAAGCAAGCACCGAACGUAAUCGCCCUCCAGGAAACUGGGUGGACCGCAGAAUUACCAGGAUACAAAUCAUAUGGCACGUUAGAUGAAAAAGCGACAGUAACCACACGGAUACACCGAAACAUAGCGACUGUAGAACACGACACCGGCGU